AUGGCUUCCAUUUCCAGUACCAUUGGAACUUCUUCCUCUCUGCAACUUCCUAAAACCCCAACCUCCUUUUCACUUCACAACACUUCCCGUUUCAACACCCUUCUCCGACUCCGACCCCGACCCAACCGCAAAACCCCCGCCGUUUCUUUCGUUAUUUCCGCAGUUGCCACUCCCAACACUUCCAUCCUCACCGCCGAAGAAGCCUUCAAGGGUUUUGCCCUAGAUGACGACUCUAACGACGAACUCAACAACCUCCCUGUCACCGUGAGCGCAGACGAAGUCGACAUUUCUAAACUUGGUUUUCCUUCCCAACUUGUGACCUCCCUCCGUAGGCGAGGAAUUACCAAUCUUUUCCCCAUUCAGAGAGCUGUGUUGCUGCCUGCAUUAGAAGGUAGAGAUAUCAUUGCUCGUGCAAGGACUGGGACCGGGAAGACACUAGCAUUUGGAAUUCCAAUUAUCAAGGGUCUCACUGAGAAUGGACAAAGCACUAUGAGGCGAUCUGGGCGGUUUCCUAAAGUACUGGUUCUUGCACCAACUAGGGAGUUAGCAAAGCAAGUAGAGAAGGAGAUACAAGAAUCUGCACCUUAUCUAAACACAGUUUGUGUUUAUGGUGGCGUUUCUUAUGAUAUUCAGAGGAAUGCGCUUUCGCGUGGUGUUGAUGUUGUUGUUGGAACACCUGGAAGACUAAUUGACUUGAUAAAUGGGAAAACCCUUAAACUUAGUGACAUUCAGUAUUUGGUACUUGAUGAAGCCGAUCAGAUGCUUGCUGUUGGGUUUGAGGAGGAUGUGGAAUUGAUUUUAGAAAAUAUCCCGUCUAAGCGGCAGAUCAUGCUUUUCUCUGCAACCAUGCCGGGUUGGGUCAAGAAGUUGUCAAGAAAACAUUUGAGCAAUCCAUUGACUAUUGAUUUGGUCGGUGAUAGUGAAGAAAAGCUUGCUGAGGGGAUCAAACUUUAUGCUGUAUCAGCCACUGUAUCAUCAAAGCGGAGAAUUCUUUAUGGUCUUAUAAAUGCUUAUGGAAAGGGUGGGAAGACUAUUGUUUUCACACGGACAAAAAGGGAUGCCGAUGAAAUAUCACGGUCAUUAUCAAAUAGUAUAGCCUCUAAAGCACUGCAUGGAGAUAUCUCUCAGUAUCAGAGAGAGAAAACAUUGAAUGGUUUUCGGCAAGGGAGAUUCUCAGUGCUUGUUGCUACUGACGUUGCUUCUCGCGGACUAGAUAUUCCCAAUGUUGAUUUGAUUAUACAUUAUGAACUUCCCGAUGGUCCCGAGACUUUUGUUCACCGCUCUGGUCGUACUGGACGUGCUGGAAAAGAGGGUGCUGCUGUAGUAAUGUACACCGAUGCCCAGAGAAGAACUGUUAUGUCCUUUGAGCGUGACAUAGGCUCCAGGUUUGAAUUUAUUAGUCCACCACCUAUGCAAGAUUUACCAGAAUUUUCUACCAGGCAAGGUGUUGAUACACUUGAUAGAGAUAGAAGUUUCCCGAGAGGUUCUAGGGAUCAGAGAAGUUAUAGAACUGGUGGGGAUGACUGGUCAAGUGGAGGCAGACGAUCAAGUGGGGAUGACUGGUCAAGUGGAGGCAGACGAUCAAGUGGGGAUGACUGGUCAAGUGGAGGUAGACGAUCAGGUGGGGAUGACUGGUCAAGUGGAGGUAGACGAUCAGGUGGGAAUGACUUUUUAAGUGGAGGUAGACGAUCAGGUGGGAAUGACUUUUUAAGUGGAGGUAGACGGUCAAGUGGAUAUUCGUCAACAAACAGGUCUUCAUCGCCAAACAGAUCUUCAUCGAUAAACAGAGGUUCCUGUUUUAAUUGCGGACAAUUAGGGCAUCGGGCGUCAGAGUGUCCCAAUCAACAAGACUUAUAUUAG